CCACUCCCCCUCUCUCAUGCCAUCUUCCUCCACUUCGAGAGAGAGAGAGAGCGACACGAACCAGGAAGAACUAGAGAGAGAAAGUAUAAAAACAUCUUUCACAUUAUAGAGAGAGGGGUGGGGAGAGAUGGUUGAUGAUUUGAUGGUGUGUGUAGACAGAAUCAUAGUGGCCUCAAGUUGUUUUGAGCCAGUUAAUAAUGGAGAAAGAGAAAGAAAUGGUAGUGAUGUUGUUGGAGUUGAAGUAACAAGUAAGGAUGGUAAUGUGAAAGAGAGUGUUGGUUCUGUGAAAGGAAACGAAGAAGGGUCUUCAUGUUCUUUGAAGAAAGUAGAGAUGGUUGAAUGCAGGAUAUGUCAAGAGGAAGAUGAGGUUCUUGCUUUGGAAGCUCCUUGUUCUUGUAAUGGCACCCUCAAGUUUGCUCAUAGAAAGUGCAUUCAGAGAUGGUGCAACAAAAAAGGUGACAUUACCUGUGAAAUCUGCAAUCAGGUUUUCUCACCAAAUUAUUCCCUUCCACCAGCCCGCAGCAAUCCUGAUGUUAUAGCAAUUGAUAUAAGGCAAGCAUGGGGCCACCACAUUGAUCUGCAUGAUUCUCAUCUUCUAGCUCUUGAACAUCAAUUGCUGCAAUCAGAGUAUGAGGAUUAUGCUGUCACUAAUACAAGCAGCCUUGCUUGUCUUCGUUCUGUUGCUCUCAUUUUGCUUAUAAUCUUGCUACUCCGCCAAGCUCUAAUGGUUACAAGGGAUUCAGGGAUGGUGCAAGAAACGUCAUCAUUCUUCGGUUUUCAGAUUUCGCUUCUUCAAUUCGCUGGUUUUCUUUUGCCAUGCUACGUGAUGGCCCGCUCUUGGUACAUUGCACAAAGCCGAAGGAGGAGACAUGGUUAAGAGAGGCAUGGUUUUUGUGCUUUUGCGUCUCUUCUUGCCUCUGACGGGCAAAGCUCUUUUGCCCAUGGCAAUUUGCCAUGUUGUAUUUAAAGUAACAGCUACCAAAAUGGUUGAAAAGAACAGCAUUGGAAAGGCAUUUAAGUAUUAGGGUUUACCGAAGCCACCUAAGAACUCAAAA